AUGAGCGGGACACCAAACCAGGGCUCGGGCCUGCGGUAUCCCUCGAACAAGAAGAGCAUAUACGACCGGAAUCCGAACAGGAGCAAGACUGCAGAGCUCAGCCGGGCGGCGUUUGCCUACCUCUUCAUUGAGAUGAUUGCAUACGCGCAGCGAGGCGUCUCCAACGUGGGCGAUCUCGAGCAAAAACUCAACUCACAAGGCUACCCCAUCGGCCUGCGACUUCUCGAUCUGCUGCUCUCGCGCUCCUCCAACCCCCUCGCAAGCAUACGACCAACCCGCAUCCUCCCCCUCCUCCAAUUCAUCGCGCAGACAUUAUACCGGCACCUCUUCGGGCGGCCGGCCGAUGCACUGGAAAAGUCGAGUACGGAACCGGGGCAGUACAUGCUCUUCGACAACGAGCCCAUGGUCAACCAGUACAUCUCGCUACCAAGGGAGCUCAGCAGUCUAAACUGCGCGGCCUUUGUGGCUGGCGUGAUAGAGGGCGUGUGCGAUGGCGCGGGGUUUCCGACCGAGGGCGUCACGGCGCACAGUGUGGGCGAGCAAGAGCAAGGGAAAGAGACAAAGGCCAUGUGGCCGGACAAGACGGUCUUCCUGAUCAAGUUCAAGCCGGAGGUGCUGGAGAGGGAGGAGAUUCUCGGGAGAGGAGGAGGCUAG